AUGUGUUUAAAGUUGGAUUUCCGAGCUCUGCACACUCAGUUGACAUUCGCAGUUGUAGCACUCACGCUUGGCGGUGUGCGUGGGGAAUGUGAUCAAUGUAAUGCUAAUAAUCCUGUGGCCUGUCACAGUCAAACUGUUUAUUCGCUUUGCUAUAACGGUCAGCCCACCAUGGACUUUGUCACUUGCCCCACCGAUUAUAUAUGCACUAAUGAGCCGUUCGUUUGUCGACCAAAAGCGUUGGCAGCAGCUAGUUGUAAUCGGACCAGUACCAGUGCGAAUUCGACGUCUCAAUGCGGCCUUUGCCUCUCUCAAGGUAAAGUUUUUGCUUGCCUCAAUGAGACCACAAUUGCAUUUUGUUUUGGCGACGAUAGUCCACAUUAUGGAUCACUUUCGUAUUGUCCCGAGGGCACAGUUUGCGAUAUAAAUAGUGGAAGUAAUUUCUGUACUGCAGCGACAAAGACGGCGCCAAGUUGCAGAGAGAGUGAUUGGGGAACAACAACAGUAGGACCAGGAACAUCAACAACUACAGCUAUAUCCACAACAACAACAGCUUCCACUACAACUACUACUACAUUCACACCAACAACAACUCCGACAACAGCUACAACUACUACUACUACUACAUCCCCAUCUACAACAACAACAUUUCCGACUACCACUACAACUACAUCCACAACAACAACAACUGUACCGACUACAACCACAACCAUACCCACAACAACAACCACAACCACACCCACAACAACAACAACACCAGUUCCGACUACCACUUCAACCGCACCCACAACAACAACAACAGUACCGACUACAACCACGACAACAACCACAACCACACCCACAACAACAACAACACCAGUUCCGACUACCACUACAACCACACCCACAACAACAACAACACCAGUUCCGACUACCACUACAACCACACCCACAACAACAACAACAGUACCGACUACAACCACGACAACACCAGUUCCGACUACCACUACAACCACACCCACAACAACAACAACACCAGUUCCGACUACCACUACAACCACACCCACAACAACAACAACAGUACCGACUACAACCACGACAACAACCACAACCAUACCCACAACAACUACAACAACAGUUCCGACUACCACUACAACCACACCACCACCAACAACAACAACAACAACAACAGUUCCGACCACCACUACAACUAUACCCACAACAACAACAACAGUACCGACUACAACGACAACCACAACCACACCCACAACAACAGUUCCGACUACAACAACUUCGCCAUCAACCACCACAUCUGCAACUACUACGGAGCAUACGUUAACACCAAAGGAAAUUUGUGAACAGAGAAACGAAACGGGAAAUAUUGCACAACCCGAAGAUUUUACAUGCAAAACUUUUUUAUAUUGCCAAUAUACGAACGGUGUUUGGAGUGGACAAAUAUCCACUUGUCCAGCUAAUCAAUGGUUUGAUCCAAAUUUACGUAUAUGUUCAGCAGCAUAUACAUGUCCCACUGCAACAACAAUAACGCCAGCAACGACGUCAACAACAACAACAGUUCCGACUACUACUACAACCACACCUACAACAACGACAACAACGACAGAAGCCACAACCACUACGGAAAGUUCACUUACACCCGCAGAAUUGUGUGAGAAGAAUGGCGAAACCCAAGCAAGAAUGGCGCAGCCCGGCGAUACUACAUGUAAAAAGUACAUAUAUUGCACGAAACCUUCAACCAAGUGGAUUGCUCAGCAAAGAGAAUGCCAAAAUUAUUUUGAUCCGGUGGCAAAAUCAUGUUCGGAUACUUGUCCAAGCACAUGCGAAACCUGCUCGUAACUUAACAUACAUACAUAUGUACUCGUAUUGUUUUUAAUUUCUUUCAAUUUUUGUCUGAUUCUCCACAUCAACUUUAAAAGGAGAAUCCGGGAAACAUAAAUAA